ACAAUUUUUAACUAAUUCCUUAUUAUUGUAAAUAAUUACAUAACAUUAAAUGAGAAUGCGUCUAAAUAAGCCCAUAUUAGUUUUCAACGUAAAAAAUAUUCGACUCCAGACUAUAUCAACUAAAGUAAACAAAAACGUCACUGCAAUUUUGACACAUGUCAAAAACGCAUUUAAAAAGAUAACCAAACCGAAAAAUCCAGUUUUCGUGGCUGCAGAAAAGUUAGCAUUCAAAAUGAACAAUUUAACGUCGGCAGUGAUAAAACCUCUGGAGAAAUCCAUUUAUUUGAAACCAUACACAAUGCACUUUACUCAAAACGGGGUGUCAAGAACAUGGGACUUAAUACGAGUGCACGACAGUGUAGCAAUCAUAAUUUACAAUAUCAGCAGGGAUAAACUGGUGUUCGUGAGACAAUUCAGACCCGCAGUUUAUUACGGAAGCAUUCCACAGGACGAUUGUAAAGACGUAAUUAAUGUGGAGAAAUAUCCAGCAGAACUUGGCUUCACUAUAGAACUUUGUGCCGGAAUCGUGGACAAAGACAAACCGUUGGAGGAAAUCGCAGCCGAGGAAGUUUUCGAAGAGUGUGGCUAUCAUGUGACGGCGGAAAGUUUGGAAAAAAUCAGCUCAUACAGGUCUGGAGUUGGGACAUCAGCCUCUUUACAAACAGCCUACUACUGCGAAGUUACUGAUGACAUGAGAGUCUCUUCAGGUGGUGGCGUUGAUGAUGAAAUUAUUGAAGUCGUGGAAAUGUCUAUUGAUGAGAUGAAAAAAUAUAUAACAGGGGAUAAUAUUAAGAGUCCACCAAGUUUUAUGUUCGCCAUGUACUGGUUUCUAAAUAGGAAACGUGAAAAUUGAAACUAAGUUAUGGAUAUUUGUGCUGUAAUAAAACUUUUAUUUAUUUAUGGA